AUUGUCCCUUCUAGCUCCGGCGAUGGCGGCGUUCAGGGUCUGAGAUGGCAUGCAAGGCGCCUCAAGAUAGAUGAAGAUGGAGACGUGGCAGAUGAGUUCCUUGAAGAGGUCUUACCACAUACAUCUUCCACUGUUGAUGACCACCAUAAACCAUUACCGAGAUUUCAAGUGAAGCUAAGUGCCCGACCAGCAAAAAUCAAGAAUCAGGUUAUUUCUCAUGGCGGAAAAAUCCAACAGUGUGUAGAAUAUCAAGGUAGAUUCCAGUGGGUAUGAUGUAUCUCGCCAGUGAACUUGAGGUUUGUGCGUUUGGGUUUUAUCAAUUAAGUCUGUAGCGUGAGUAAUGUUAUUGGCUGAUGCUACUAAUUCUUUUAGAUUAGUUUUGUGGUUUGUCAAUGUGCCAUGAACUGUGCAAAAACCCAACCCACCACAUAUCGUAUUAAUGUCUGUGUUACAAGGUUUUUACCCAAUUUGUUUAAUCGGAAUAUCACAUACAGUUGACAAAUUGUCUGGGCAACUUUGCUUUUUGUGAAAAAAGAAAAAAAAAAAAAAAGAAAAGAAGAGAAUAGUAAAGAAAAAAACCAAAAUAUAAUGAUUUGGUUGAAUGUAUGAUGCAUUAAUUGAUCUCUGUAAAGUGUAGACUCCAAACAAAUGAAAAAAUUUCUGUGUGGGGGUUCUGUUCUCUAACCCAAUGCAA